AUGGCGCUCUCCGCUUCGAUGCUUCGGCUGCUGAUCGUGGUCUUUGUCGCCCUAGGCAGCGUCACAUAUGGCUACUGCGCCAGCAUCAUCGGAACCACUCUUGGACAACCCUCCUUCAUAUCCUACUUUGAACUCGACACGCGACCAAACGCGAGCGGCCUCAUCGGAGCAACCAAUGGACUCUUUCAGACUGGCGGUCUCUUCGGCACCUUGUCUUGCAUGAAAUCAGCAGACUGGCUGGGUCGCCGAAAGGCAUUGUUUGUGGCGAGUAUUGUUACUACUGUUGGAGGAGCGCUGCAGGCGGGCAGCGUGCAUAUCGCCAUGUACAUUGUGGCUCGCUUGAUAACAGGACUCGGCAUUGGGGCUCUCGUCACUCUCGUACCCCUAUACCAGAGUGAAGUCGCACCGCCGAAGAUCCGUGGCUUGCUGGUGGGCAUCCACGGAAUAAUGAUCUGUGUCGGCUACACCUCCGCCAGUUGGAUCGGUGUCGGCUUCUACUUUGUCCAAGCGGCCGGAGCUCAGUGGCGCAUCCCACUGGCAGUACAAGCAGUCUGGCCUGCAUUGCUAGCCAUGGGAGUCCUGUUCCUUCCCGAGUCACCCCGGUGGCUUCUUGACCACGACCGCUUCGACGAGGCGUAUUCAUCGUUCAAAAGAGUGCGAGCGGAGACUUCCGACAGCUUCUUGGAUGACGAGGAUGCCAUUCGUGCAGACUUCACGCUGCUGCACUCCCAGAUUCUGGAAGAGAAGCAAGAGCAGCUAUCAACUCUGGAUCUGUUCAAGCUGCCGGGAUACCGAAAGAGAGUUGGCAUUGGUUUCAUCAUGAUGGUAGGGGCACAAGCGACUGGAACGCAAAUCAUAAACAACUAUGGGCCUAUGCUAUAUAAAAAUCUCGGCUUCGAUACUGUUCAGCAGCUUAUCAUUCAAGCCGGCUGGAUUUCCGUGUCUCCUUUCGGCAAUGCUAUCAAUGCCCUGUUUGUUGAUAAAGUUGGCCGGGUCAAAAUGUUGAUCCUUGGUAUGUCUGGGUGCGUGCUUGCUCUCGUGGGCGAAGUCAUCACACUCUCUCAGUUCCAAGAACAUGGCGGACAGGGUUCUGCCAGCGCCGCAGUCUUCUUUCUCUUCUUGCACGUUGCUAUCUUUGCCAGCACGAUUGAUGCAACAUCAUACAUCUAUGCUUCUGAGAUAUUUCCAACACCAGUGAGAGCCAAGGGACUAUCGCUGUCCAUUUCCGGGCUGUUCCUCACUGCCCUAGCCUUGUUGCAGGGCGCGCCCACUGGCUUUGCGGAUAUUGGCUGGAAAUACUACCUGGUGUGUAUUGGUGCUACGUCUGCUGUCAUCGUUGUGAUAUGGUGGAAGUUUCCAGAGACCAAGAUGAUGUCCCUCGAGGAAAUUGGAAGCCUCUUCGCCGAUCCAUCCAAGGCGCUUGGCGAGAAAGCAAGUGUAAAGGUGAGGCGCGCUUCGUCGGACGAAGAAACCGAGAAGGAUAACAGCCAGGUCGAAGUAGAGCGUGUACGAGCGUGA